AGAAGAGAGAGCAGGGGGAGGAAGAGGAGGAGGAGGAAGAGUAAAAGGGUGAAGAUAUAACAAGAGCGUCUGUCGAUGUGCGCUACAUUUCUUUAUAGAGCUGCAAAGUGACGCUUGGCUGCCAUUCAUUUAAUAGUUGCCGCCCCCAAACUCUCCACUUUUGAGACUUUUUUUUGUCUUUUUUAUGUAUUUCUUUUUCUUUGAAGAAGUGACAGUCCUGCCCGGUGAACGCGCGCGCCUGUGGGAUUCGGAGCCGAAACGGGCGGAGUUGUCCAAUGCAAAACUACAUGUAUGAGAAAGCCAUGGCCCAAGAGACAAGGAACGGGGGAAGCUCCACGUUAAACAACAACAACAACGGUGUCGACAACACCAAGAGGAAGCUUCUAGUUGCACUGGACAUCUUGUGUCUUCUACUUGCUAGCCUGCCUUUCCUGAUCAUUGAGACUAGCACCAUAAAGCCGUACCAGCGCGGGUUUUACUGUUCGGACGAGUCCAUCCGCUACCCCCAAAAAGAGGGCGACACCAUUAGCGAUGCCAUGCUUUGUGGUGUUGGCAUUCUUAUUGCCAUCAUCUCUAUCGUGAUCGGAGAAUCCUACAGGAUUCACCAGCUGCACGAGGGGACUAAGUCCUUCGUGGGGAACCCUUACGUGGCAGCAUUCUACAAACAGAUAGGCGUGUUUAUCUUCGGCUGCGCCAUCAGCCAGUCGUUCACAGACAUUGCCAAGGUGUCGGUAGGCCGCCUGAGGCCGCACUUCCUAGACGUGUGCAAGCCGGGCUUCACCGCCAUCAACUGCUCGUUGGGCUACAUCACCGAGUACACCUGCAGCGGCAACGAGAGUGACGUGCAAGAGGCUAGGAAGUCUUUCUUCUCUGGACACGCUUCUUUCUCCAUGUUCUCCAUGCUCUACCUGGCGUUCUAUCUCCAGUCCCGGUUCACUUGGCGCGGCGCCCGUCUCCUGCGCCCCCUGCUGCAGUUCACCUUGCUGAUGAUGGCGUUCUACACUGGCCUGUCGCGCGUCUCCGACCACAAGCACCACCCCACCGAUGUGCUGGCAGGCUUCGUGCAGGGAGCCCUGGUGGCCUACUGCAUAGUGUACUACGUGUCGGACCUGUUCGAGCCCGGGCUGAAGCCGGCCACGCCUCCUCCGUCGCCCGUCAAGAAGGAGCUGCUGCCCUCGUCCGACAUCAUCGAGAGGAACAACCGCCACAACAUGGUGUGAGGAAGACCACCGCGCCUCCUCUUCCUCGUCCUCCCGCGACCAACGUCGCCGCUCAACCACCCCCUCGUCGGACAGUAGAAUGUAGCUAAAGGGCAAACUCGAGAACCCCACGCAAUCUGCGAGGAGCCCCAUCCUGGAUGGGGGUGGCGGGUGCGGGGGUGGGGUUGGGGGUUUUUACUACCUAGAUCCGAGAAAAACAAUUUGAAAAAUGACAGGCGGAGCUUGAAAGAGGUGAUAAAACAACAACAUAAUGAAAAUGAAGAACAAACAAAAACAAACUUCCUGCAGAAGGGAGAGAAGGAAUUCUAGCGAUGUUUACUCUCUGAAGUGUCUGUGGCCUUGGAGGAGCGGCAGCAGCAACAACUUCCUCAGCGACAGGAAGGACGAAAAAAUGUAAUUUAAAGCACUGUUUUUCUUUUCUUUUUCUUGUUUUUUGUAAAAGUCCAUUGUCCGCGAUCACCACUCGCUGCCUGGCGCGUCAAAGCGGAAGCCCGACGAUGUCACGCCGGCCUCGCUCGUCGGGCUUUCUGCUGAGCGCGCUCAGUGCGGCCUAAAACCCGGGAUGUUGCAUUUACUUUAGAUUUAGGUCAAAUCGGGGCG